AUGGAGAUAGUGGCAUCCGCCGGCGGGCGGCGGGUGACGCCACGCAUGGUUGCCGACAUUUCGGAGGGGGCGACGGCGGAGAACUUGCAGUUCCUGUUGCGAGUUCUGGAGUUUCUGGCAGCUGCCGAAGUCGUGGGAGGGAAGCAUGUUGAGAUGAUGAUGAAUGCUGUCACGGGCUGCAAGCUCGACGCCCCGUCAGGCUUGGCAAACACCGCGUUCAAGUUUGGCAACAAGAUGGGCGCGACAUCCACCUUGCAGCGCACGGCAACCGGGGUGACAGAUCCAGUUGAGGAGCCUGGCUCCCCUGAGCAUGAUGCUGGCGGGGAUGGGGGUCAGCCGGAGGCGGGCGCUGGCACGCAAACGGGUGCCGGCGCAGGCGAGGCAAGCAGUGGCAGCGAUGGCGAGCGUGGCAUGGGACAGGCGGCACCGCCACGGCGCAGGCUGCGGCAGCAGGUCGUGGAGGAUGACGAAAGCGACACCGAGGCGGAGGUUGAUGCUUCUGCAUGCAUCACUGCCACGGCUCCGGCAGCGGCAGCGGAGCAGCGCGCGCCGUUGGGCGCUCAGCUGGGCAAGCGCGUACGGAAACCGCCUAAGCAGUUUGCAGACCACAUGCUCUAUGAUGAGGGCAAUGCGGCAGCCGCGACUGCAGAAGGCAGGUGA